AUGUCGAGCUGGUGGAAAAACGCGACACCACCAACCCCUGCCAUGCUGGUGAAGGAUGGAGGACGAGAACUCACGUCGGAAGCUCAGUUCGGCUGGCAGGAGAUCUGCAGACAUGGUAGAUUGUCCACCGAGACGACGUUCGAGCCGGGGAGGAGGGCCGUGUUCGUCAAGGUAUCAUCGUCCGAGGAGACGUGCAUCAAGGCGUACGAGAUCCUGAGCUCAAUGUCGCCCGUCUUCGUGAACGUGCACAACAGCUUCGGCUUCGACAUCGAGAGAAUCACGGUCUACAGCGCCAACAUCCCCAAGUUCACGGACACGUCCGAGAACAAGCACUUGGGCAACAGCGGGACUGGGACCUUCUGGAGGCUGACCAACGGGAUCUCGGUCAUGGACUCAAUGUACGACGUGGACAAGUACCUGCGGAGGGACUGGGUCUCCAUCUUCCCCAAGAUGGCCGAGGUCCUGAACGGAUCGUCCCAACGAUAUCAUACCAAUGCAUUUGCAGUGACGAUGGUCAGAUCGAGGGACGACUACGACUUCGUCCAGAUGCUCAUCUACAAGACCAGGGACUCGGACCUGCACACGGGCCACAUGGUCUGGUGCUUCAAGGUGUCGAUGGGCUUGCCGAUGAACUUCCUAUCAGACAUGAGCAGGUCCAUGGGCGUGGAUGGGAAGGAGUUUGAGGGCGGGUUCGUCCUCGAGCCCCAGUCCAGGUGCUACAAGGGGCAAUCGUCAUCGAGGGGAACUCACUGUGGCCUCGACGUCAUCGAGGACUUGUUGGGCCUCGAGAUCGGUGAUUGCUUCGAUCACGAGGACUUGUUGAAACUCGAGAUCGGCGAUUGUUUCGAUCGCGAGGACUCGAUCCUCCUGAUGACCGAGACCGAGUACAUGUGCAUAGUCGGGAAGGAGCUCACCAUCCUGGCCAUCUACAGGGAAACGGACUCGAUAUUCGUCUGGGUCAAGGGCAACACGGAGCAGGUGUACAUGAACGCGGGCAUCAAGGCACACACGACCACUGAGAUCAUCGGCAACAUGAGCUUCAGCUCGUACAACAACGACCACCUAGGCCUGGUCCACAUGGCGUUGUGUGUCCCGUGCGGGCGCAUGAUCGAGAUGAGGCUCGGGCCUGCGCAACUCCACAGCAUCAAUUGUCGACUCACCACCGCGUGCGUGUGGGAGGUGUAUUGCGCGGGCUGCGCGGAGAAAGACGGUGUCCCGCCACCCAGUGUCAAGGAAGACGUAGUCAUGGAAGACAAUGUCAAUGACUCUUCAGAUGGUGUCAAGGAAGACAAUGUCAAGGAAGACAAUGUCAAUGACUCUUCAGAUGGUGCCAAGGAAGAUGGUGUCAAGGAAGAUGGUGUCAAGGAAGAUGGUGUCAAGGAAGAUGGUGUCAAGGAAGAUGGUGUCAAGGAAGAUGGUGUCAAGGAAGAUGGUGUCAAGGAAGAUGGUGUCAAGGAAGAUGGUGUCAAGGAAGAUGGUGUCAAGGAAGAUGGUGUCAAGGAAGAUGGUGUCAAGGAAGAUGGUGUCAAGGAAGAUGGUGUCAAGGAAGAUGGUGUCAAGGAAGAUGGUGUCAAGGAAGAUGGUGUCAAGGAAGAUGGUGUCAAGGAAGAUGGUGUCAAUGGCUCUUCAGAUGGUGUCAAAGAAGGCGAUGUCAAAGAAGGCGAUGUCAAAGAAGGCGAUGUCAAAGAAGGCGAUGUCAAAGAAGGCGAUGUCAAAGAAGGCGAUGUCAAAGAAGGCGAUGUCAUGGAAGACGAUCCCAUGGCAGACCGUGGCAGUGGCAGGCUAGACGGUCUAGUCAAUUACGCGGACAGAAACGGCUUCACCUUCAUGGACCUGGCGAUGAACAAGAUCGGCCGCACAGGCAGGCGCUACAAAAAGACGACCUUCCCGAACCCAGGAGCCUACAUCAACAUAUUCGCUUUCAUUCGCAUGUUCACGCCCGCCGAAGUCACGUUCGGCUGCAUUUACCCGCGCGGUAUGGGCAUGGACAAGGACAUUGAGAUUAUCUCGAACUUCUUCGCCCUGGACAAGUCCACGAUGCGCACGAUGCUCGCGUUCUUUUGGCCGCGCACCAACAAGGAUAUCACCAACAAGGAUAUCACCAACAAGGAUAUCACCAACAAGGAUAAGGAGGUGGAGGAGAAGGAGACCUCGGACUUCCUCGACGUGGAGCAGUGGAGGGUGUGCCUUAUGGUGCCGUCGGACACAUAG